AAUGUAAUGACAUGAUUUUAUUUCACUUUACUGUGCUGAUGUUCCACCUGGUCUUCAAAAAGGUAAUCUUACAGGAUGUAUGUGAGGGGGAAAAGGCUGUUCAUUUGCAUUUUUCAGAUUGAAAUGUUAAUUUAGUUGAGUUAAUUCCUGUCAUUUCCCAAUGUAUAAAAUGCAAAUAAUACAAUACAAUACAAUUAACUUAAUGUUUUCUAGCUUCAGAAAACAAAACAAUCAAAAACAAAUUAAGAAAACAGAACCAAAAAAGGUGUAGCCUUUUAACAUCAAUUAAAUUUUGGCAGCUGCCUUUAAAUUAUACAGAGUCAUAACAGAAAGUGACAGCAACUAUGAAUAUAUAUAUAUACAUUUUCUGCACUCAUCUAAUAAAAUCUAUGAAAGAACACCUGCUCAUUCUCCCUCAUUAAAAAUCCCAGAAUACAUCAAUGCACAAAUUAACACUUGCGAUGUCACAAAAUCAUGCUCGUAACCCCGCCCCCUUUUAAAAAAUUGGGUUUUCAUUGAGCACAGAGAAAUGUGAAAAGAAAAAAACAAACAAACAAACAGUCUUCUGGUGUCAAACUAUGCACAAACAUUCAACAGCAGGAACAGCACUGACUGUUGAAUAUGAUGGAGGAACCUUGUUCUCCAGGGGGGGACUCUGGGACCUGGACUCCCCCAGCCAGGGGUCUAGACCACAAGACCCUGUCCACGCUGGACCCUCUUCCUGUCUUUAGCCCCAGGUGCGUUUGUUUACCUGCUGUUUACGCUGGACGCUUCUGCACGAGCUUCUACUGGGGUGGACUGUACCAAUGCGAAUCAUAGGAGGAGGGGGUGUUGGGGGGCGUCAGGAUGAGAGGCGACGCUUGUUUUUGCUCCCCGUCGCGUCAGGAUUCAGUCAGGUUCGAACCGGAGCCGUCGCAAGGUGCAUCAAAUAACAUCGUACGUGUGUUUUGGAUGAAAGCAAACCAGCUCACCCGUGUUUAUCACCGCUCCGUCGGGUUAUAAUCCCACCCCCCACCCCCCCUUAAAGAUACAACAAACUCCAGCGCUCCAUCUUGCCUUUUGAUUGACCGCUCCAUAUUUUUCUUCGCUCCUGCUGGAGAGAGCAGAGAAAAAAAAAACAGAAAAGGAAAAGAGAAAGCGCAACACCGGGGGAAACUGAGAGGGAAGAAGAGAAGGCACGGCGGAAAACACAGGAGGUGGAGGCAAGAGAAGAGAAAGUGAUAUAACAGGAGACUAGCGAGAGAGGUUGUGUUUUUUUUCUCUCGGAGAGGGACAGGUUGGGGGAAAAAAGAAGAAGGCAUUUCGCAAGUGGAGAGCGAGACUUGCCGUAUCCUGAAAGAAAACAAGAAAAUUGUGUUUUUCUGCAGAAGUCCCUGCUGCUGCCUGCUGCCGCCGUGUGAAGAGUCUUCUCGUUUUCCCAUCCGCUGGUUUUUAAUACAAAGGGCUUUACAGCGCAAUGCUAGACAUCUUUCUGACUUCAGUCAGGGACGUCUGAAGAACUUCUUGUGGUUCAAAUUUCAAGUUUUUGUGAUGGCUAAGAUUGACUCCAUGCAGCAUGAGGAGACGACACCAUGACGACGGAAAUGCAGGAGAUCGCCAUCACGGAGGAGAAGCCUUUACUCACGGGUCAGGCUGAUACCAAGGAUGCUGAACUGGCUGCCAGGAUACUCCUGGACCAAGGACAGGAGCACAGCAUCGAGACCCCGCAUGGCGUUCUGCACGUGACCCUGCACGGCACACGAACCACCCGCAGGCCCGCCAUCCUCACCUUCCACGACGUGGGUCUGGACAGUAAGAGCUGCUUCUCCCCUCUGUUCAAGUUUGAGGAGAUGCAGGAGAUCGUGAAGAACUUCACCCUGAUCCACAUCGACGCCCCGGGGCAGGAGGAGGGGGCCGCUGCCUACCCCGCAGGCUACCAGUAUCCCUCCAUGGACACCGUAGCAGAGAUGAUCCCCGCCGUCCUGCAGUUUUUCAACUUCCGUACUGUAAUCGGAGUGGGCGUGGGAGCGGGAGCGUACAUCCUCUCCAAGUUCGCGCUUGCAAACCCAGACUCGGUGGAGGGUCUGGUUCUGGUCAACAUCGACACUAACGCCCGGGGAUGGAUAGACUGGGCCGCUCAGAAGCUCAGCUCUGUGACCUCCUCCCUCACCGAGCAGAUCCUGUCCCACCUCUUCAGUCAGGAGGAGCUGUCGUCAAACACAGACCUCGUGCAGUCUCACAGAGAGCGCAUCUCCAAAGCCUCUAAUCUGGUCAACAUAGAGCUCCUCUGGAAGACCUACAACAGUCGCAGAGACUUGAACAUCGAGCGCAACAACACCUUCAAGUGUCCAGUGAUGUUGGUGGUGGGCGAUCAGGCCCCGUAUGAGGACGCCGCUGUGGAGUGCAACAGCAAAAUGGAUCCAACAACAACCUCAUUCCUAAAGAUGGCUGAUGCAGGUGGUCUCCCUCAGCUGACCCAGCCUGCGAAAUUGACCGAGGCGUUCAAGUACUUCAUCCAGGGAAUGGGCUACAUGGCUUCGUCCUGCAUGACCCGCCUCUCCCGCUCCCGCACCACCUCCCUCUCCUCCUCCUACUCCAUGGAUGGCUCGCGCUCUCGCUCCCGCACCCUGUCGCAGGGCUCGCAGGGCGGCCAGAUGCCGCCCAGCCCCUCCCAGACGAUGGAGGUGUCCUGCUGAAGGGAGAGAGAAAAGAACGAUAGAUAAAAGAGAGCAGGAGAGAGAUGAGAGCGAGUGAGUGAAGAGAGCGGAAAAGAGAAGAGGGCGAGCGGGAAAAGAGGGAAAGGUGAAAGCGUGAUCAUAACGCAGGAACGAGACGAAUGGGUUACUUAUUUGUCACUAAACAACUCCCGUCAUUCCCCACGAGAGCAGAGUAGGAAGAGAGGGAGGGAUGGAGAGGAAGAUGAGUUCCUCCACAUUUAAAAAGUCCAGCCCCUCUUCCUCACAUCCCCCCUUCCAGCUGCAAAAAACACGGAUCGGGCUGCUCUACAAUAAACAUUAGAUGUGUAAGGCUAAGAGAUUGAUUAAACAAAGGGGGGGUAUGGGGGAAAAAUGGCGUCCAGUCCUCCCUCCCUCCUUCCUUCCCUCCGUCGGCGCCUGUGUCAGCCAAUAGAGCCCUUUAAUUUAGAUACGGAGGCCUGUAGAGACCACACACACCUUGCGUUAACCAAUAGUAAUAACUAAAACGGUAUUGUUGUUGAUGAUGAGGAUUAUGUUUGUUGAUGAUGAAGCUAAUGAUGAGAAUAAUGAUGAUGAUAGAAAAAAAAAACAGUAACACUUUUCUCUUUAUUACGCGACGAGUUUAAAACGACAUAGAUAAAAAAAAGUACUAUAGCAGAGAUACUUAUAACGAUGUGUGUCUACUACUUUUUAAGCUAGUUUUUAUUGUGUUAUUUUUAAUUUCUCAUUAAUCUGAUAUAUAUUUUUUUUUUUUAUUCGUUAAAAAAACCUGCCUGCCUCAGCGAAAGGGGCUGCAGCUACUGAUUGGUUGAACCGUCACGUGCUACAGAAACAGCCAAUGAGAGCCAUUUUUAGUGACUACUUCCUCCUUGAUGUUGCCGGGUCGUUACGUCUUCCACUUGCCCCGUCUCCAAGUGACUGUUUUUGUUUUCCCAUUGGAUUUGAGGAAGUGGGCAGGAAGCUUAUAAUUAUUUUUUUAAUCUUAUUUUUCUUUUUCUUCCGGACUGUUUGGAAGUUGCAUGCCUGGUCUCAGCCCAUGUGAAUAUUGACUGGAUAUUAUUUUUUUCUUUUAUAUUCUGCUAAUGAUUUGUGUGAAUUCGGGCGUGCGUGCAUGUGAUGUUUUGUUUGGCGAGCGUGACGGUCGGAAGGCGAGCGUAGGUAAGAUGGCGGGUGUUUGCGCGCUUUUUUCGCUAGCCAGCACCCGAUCGUUAACAGUAGUCGCACAUUAAAUAGUGCUUCCAAUACUGCUGGCGGUCUCGCACUGCGUGAUAUCCACGGGGCAUCACGUCCCAUCGGUAGCAUGCUAGUCGUGGAUAUUGCAUCAAAAGUGUUCGGCGUGGCCAGAAGGGAUCACUGUGUUUAUCAUCUGGGGUUUGUAAGCUCUUAGCCUUGCCCACUGCAUGGAUACCUCCUCAACAAACCCAGCUAGCAUACUUGAGUUUCUGUGCGAUGCGAGGUAGGAAUGAGCGCGCGCCCGAGUGGACAAGAGAGUUUCGUUUGCGUGUGUGUGUGUGUGUGUCUGAGGAAGUAAAUGCCAGGUGUAUGGAAGUGAUUGUAUCCUGUAAGCACAGUUAAUGCAGCAAGGGAGGGCCAGGGUCCUAUUGGAAAAAAAGAUUACGUUUUGAGACCAACGACACCCCCCUGUGACUUAUCGAUGACAAUGUACCAGCCCCUUCACUGCCAAUACACUCAGAAAACACAUAAAAAAAGGUGUUUCCAUAAGAGCUGCACCAUUUUGUAAAGCUUUUAGUUUUGAGAGUGAACAAUGAUCAGCCAAUAUCUGCACCUUCAAUCUACUGAUUUGGAAAUCCAGCCAAUAAGCGUUCGUACUGCCAAAACUAAGAGCCUCAAAAUAUGAUGGGGGCCUUCAGAAAUGAAGGAAAUGAAGCAAAAUUUGUAAGUCUAAAUUCCUUCUAAAUAGUUCGUAUUACAACACAAAGCUUGCCACUGCCCUGCGACGUGUAGCCAUUGGACUGACCGCACUCUUCAAGGACCCUUAGUUGGACCCGAUCCCAUAUCCUUGGUGCGCAUGUGCAUUUGUAAGUUUGUAUUUCCGAUGAUUUUGUUCUUCUUUAACGAGCAGUAUCAUUUUUACGAGUCAGCUGCAGGUUUCUUUCACAUGCUGUCUAGCGCUCCUUCCCCGAACCCGUCUGAUGAGGUAGAGACAGAGCGGUGAUCUCGAUGAUGGUGACAGGAAAGUCCACGAAGGGUCUUAGAUUUCAGCUUUGAGUAGAAAGGUUAUUCGGGAGGUGUUAAUGAUGGCGUUGACGAUGGCGACAGUAAUCUGUUUUAAGCCAUUUCCCCUCUGGACUGUCACUCGGUGCAACUUGCUAAAAUGCUAAAUAUUGUUGCAUUUAAUCAGGCAAACACAAAUCUUGAUGUUUCAAUGAUGUGUGUGCUAAAUAAUUUAGGCACUUGUGUUGCCGUCCAGUGUAGAAUGUAAACGUUUGGCUCCUCUCAGACUUAAAUUUUAACAACAGGACAUGGGAACGUCUACCAAAUAAGGGAAAUGGGUGGAGCCUAGAGAAUUAAAUUGCCAAAUAAGGAAAAAUGAGUGGUACUUCUUUGUGAAGAGUUUGAGCAGGGCUGUGUGAUUGUAAAUGCUUGUCAAUUUCGUCUUUUGUUCGUCUCUUGGUUUUUACUUAGAUCAUAUUUUACUUUCCCCUCUAUGUUUUGGAAUUUUAUUGAAUUUUUAUUUUGUUUGUUUGUUUGUUUUAUCUCUGUGAAGUGUUAGUUUACCGUCCCGAUGUGCUCACAAGUUAGUUAACCGUGUGAUAGUUCUUGUGUAACUUUUUUAGCAUUAGCGCAGAUAAGGGAGAAUAAUAUAAUUAACAAUAAUAAUAAAAAAAGAUUAAAAGUAAAGAGAAUACAAUCAAAUUUACAUGUGUGGCUAAUUUCUCUGUGUAAAACAAUGGACAUCCUAAAAAAAAAAAGCAAACCUAAAUAUUAAUAAAAGCUUAAGAGAAA